UUUUAUUUACAGUGUUGUGCGUCCACAUGUGGAGCGAAGGAUCUACACGACAUCAGCCUGUGCUUUUUCAAGAAAAGAAGUAAACCAAGAUGUAUUAUACCAGAUCAGAGGAAGGAGGAAGUGGAAUUUCCCAUGUAGAGGAUCCAAGUCCAGGCACUGAUCUCAUCAGAGACACAACACAGAGGUCUGCAGGAGGGGUUCAUAAUACCUCUUCUUUGAAUGCCAGUCUUGGUUAUGCUGACAAUGUAGGCCAAGAGGAGGAGACUCAUUCUGAAAAUGUGGGCUCUGAUGCAGAUGAAUUGCCAUUUGAAGCAUCCUUGCUUGGUUGGAUGAAAAGGUCUGUUGGUCCUUCCCAUGGUUGGUACCCUGGUCUGAUAUCCAAGAUUCAUCUGGUGAUCUUGCUCCUGAUUGGACAUGCACUAGGUACAUCUUUAGGAAAAGAUUGUGUCUUCCUGAAACAAUGGAAGUUUUCAAUGCCAGUGAAGAACAUCAAGGGAAAUAUAAUAAUGAUCAUGUUUCUGUUGAUUCUUGGAGCCAAUGGAAAGGAUUAUGAUGUGAGAAACAUGAAGAACUCUUUGGUAUCCCCCAAAGAAGUACUCCAGAUAUCGGAUAAUGUAGUCCCGCCAGAUUUCUCGUAUACCUAUGUGUAUUUCAACAUGGGGAAUACUGCAUUUGUAUGCUCCAAGGAGUUUGCAGAAAGAAAUGCGUCCUGCAGAAUCCGACCCUAUACAUCAACCAGUUGCCAAGGAUGGCAAGGCGUUAGUAAUGGAAGCACUUGGUAUCUGGCCUUUAAUGAAAGCAAGAUGCCAGACUUUAGUAAGCUUCUGUACUGCAUAUACCAAGCGGUGCCAGAAGAAUUGACGCUCUACCAAGGAUCCAUCUCUAGGACACCAGUUGAUGGUGGCUGGGGCAAUUGGAGCAGCUUGGGCAUCUGCAGCGCCACUUGUGGUGGUGGGAGGCAGUACUGGCACCGCAAAUGCAACAGCCCCAUUCCAAAGUACGGUGGAUUGGACUGCUCUGGGGAAAGCCUGAAAGAACAGAGCUGCAACAACAACAGCAAAUGUCCUAUUGAUGGUGGCUGGGGUGAGUGGACCAACUGGAGCAACUACAGUGCCAUUUCCGGAGGUGAGAGUCGGUUCCGAAACCGCAGCUGCUCCGACCCCACCCCAAAGUACGGUGGAUCAAACUGCUCUGGGAAGAGCUCAGAGGAACAGAUCUGUAUGAUCCAGGACUGUCCAAAUCCUUGGAAGAUAGGGCUUAUCAUCGUUCUUGUUCUUGUUCUUUCUGCUCUGAUUGUCAUUGGUAUAAUAUACUAUUUGUGGCAGAAAGAAAAAGGCAAUGGAGCAGAAUCAACUAACAGGCAAGUGAAAUACCAGAGGUCUAGGGUUGAUAACAAUGAUUCCACCAUAGUAGAUAUCUCCACAGAACAUGGAAGCCAGUAUUCAGUUGGAGAAGACUAUUCUUCAAGGAUGUCUGCUCUACCCAGGCCCCAGAUGAGAGGACUCCUGAAGAGUUUCCUCACCAGACAUUUCAUCAUUGGUGCUACCUUAUCAGUUACAGGAGCAGCCCUUGUCAAAGUCUUCUUAUAUGAUGCAAGGAAGAAGAAGUACGCUGACUUCUACAAGACUUACGAUGCCCAGGCUGAUUUUGAAAGGAUGCGUGAGCUUGGUGUAUUCCAAUCAGCAAGGCCGCUUAGUGAGCAAGAAUAA